UUCUCCUAUCUCUCCCUCUGCUUUCUCUCCUGCUCUCCUUACUCCAUUCACAGAGCUACAAGACGUUUGCUGAGACACUCCCUACUGACCCGUUUCCUUUCUCCCCAAAAUUCUCCAGUGCAACAUGGACCAUUCUGACUGAAAGCAACAGCUGCUUUGGCAUCAUCUUCAUACCUUUGGAGUGACUCUUGUUGGUUUUGACCAAACUUGACUCAGCGAUGACACCUUGCUGGACUUGACUUUGCUUUUUGCGUUGGAUUUGUAGCACCGAACUAAACUCAAAUCAGAUCCGUUGGACCUUGUUUCUGUGCUUGGCCUGUUUGCUCUAGUGCUCAGGUGUAUUGUAACAAGUAUAUAAAAAUGGGAUCUGAUGUGCGUGACCUCAACACCCUACUUUCGCCAGUGCCCGCACUACCAGGGGGGAACGGUAACUGCACCUUGCCCGUAAGCAGCACUCCUCAGUGGGCUCCAGUGUUGGACUUCCACACCGGUGCACCCUACAGCUCACUGGCCCCACACUCCUUCAUCAAGCAGGAGCCCAGCUGGGGUACGGCUGACCCCCAUGAGGACCCUCACUGUGGUCUAAGUGCCUUCACUGUGCACUUCUCCGGACAGUUCACCGGCACUGGGGCCUGCAGGUACGGAGCCUUUGGGGCCCCUACACCCAGUCAGCCUCCACCCAGCCAGCCUAGGAUGUUCAGCAAUGGCCCUUACCUGUCCAACUGCAUGGACAGCCAGCCCAGCUCCAGGAAUCAGGGUUACAGCACAGUCCCCUUUGAUGGAACCACAAACUAUGGACACACUCCCUCCCACCACACUUCACAGUUUCCCAACCACACCUUCAAGCACGAGGACCCCAUCGUGCAGCAAAGCAACAUGGGUGAGCAGCAGUAUCCUGUCCCUCCUCCAGUAUAUGGCUGCCACACUCCCUCUGACAGCUGUACAGGAAGUCAAGCACUGCUCCUGAGGAACCCUUACAACAGCAGUGAUAAUUUAUACCAAAUGGCGUCACAGUUGGAGUGCAUGGCGUGGAACCCUGUCAACCCUUUGGCAUCCACUAUUAAGAGCAGCCAUGGAGCAGGUUAUGAGAGCGACCCCAGCACGCCCAUGGUCUACAGCUGCAGCGCACAAUACCGCAUCCACACUCACGGCGUCUUCAGAGGCAUUCAGGAUGUGCGACGAGUUCCAGGCAUUACCCCUGCCAUAGUGCGUUCCUCUGAGACCAACGAGAAAAGGCCGUUCAUGUGCGCCUACCCGGGCUGCAACAAAAGAUACUUUAAACUGUCUCACUUACAGAUGCAUAGUCGUAAACACACAGGGGAGAAACCUUAUCAGUGUGACUUCACAGACUGUGGUCGCAGAUUCUCCAGAUCAGACCAGCUAAAAAGGCACCAGAGAAGACACACAGGCGUUAAGCCAUUCCAGUGCGAAACCUGUCAGAGAAAGUUCUCACGGUCAGACCACCUUAAGACCCACACCCGGACACAUACAGGUAAAACAAGUGAAAAACCAUUCAACUGCAGAUGGCCAAACUGUCAGAAAAAGUUUGCCAGGUCUGAUGAGCUUGUACGGCACCACAACAUGCACCAGAGGAAUUUGACGAAGUUGCAGCUGGCCAUCUGAUUGAACUGUUCUUUCUUUGUAAUAGUACUAAUCCUAAAGUGGCACUUUGAAAAAAUUAUUUCAUGGAGUGCAAGAGGCUGAAAUGCCUGUUUAUCUGCAUGUGCAGCAUCCCCUAAUGGCAACUCGUAACUGGCCCUAAUACACCAUCACAGUGUCAAUAUUAAAAUGUCUGUUUCCAAUGAGGGAACCUUAUCAUGUCUUUUAUGAGAUUUUUGAUUGAGAUGUGCAAUAUUAUGUACAUCUAACAGUUAAUUUAGUUGUUCUCAGCAGUUUCCAGACUAAUUUAUUACGUUUUAUUUUUUUGUAAAUUAAAAUGUAACUUUUUUUCUCCUGGUAAAACUCAUUCGAACUUUAUCCAACAGCUUUUGUAUGUUGUAUCUGAAAUUGUGAACCACUCUCCACUUAAGUGCUUGUCCAUGCCAUUUGUAAAAAUCCACUCUCUUUGACCUCCCCAGUUAAUUUAUGAGUAGGUCACACUGGCUAUGUGGCUGAGCGUUUGUGGUCAAGUUGUAAAUAUUAGUUUCAAUCCUCAGCCAACACCAAAAAAUCUAACAUGCAAAAUUGGUAAAAAUGACUCAUAGGUAAAGGAAAGAAAUGUGAAAAGUGUUUAGAUGAAAAUGUUUUUUGUUUUUCUUGUUUUUCAAUGAGCUCUAUUUGAAUGUAUAUGUCUUAUAUAUUUACAUUCUGUUUUUUUGUUGUUGUUUUUUUUAAAUAAAACUCUGC